AUGAAUGAUAAAGAUACUCAGAAUGCGGUAGCUUCCCUCUACCUGGAGGGGAAGGCAGGUAGGCAAUUCGAAGUGAACAAAGCGGUGGAGGCGGAGCAAGUGCCGAUAGAGUCCCCCGAUCUCACGGCAGCGGUCAUUAGGCUUCCCGAGCGACUGAUUUUCAUAGUAUCAGUUUACGUUGAAGGAGGCAAUGCCUCAGCUCUAGACGACGCAUACAAUCACUUACGCAACGCGAUCACAAAGGUACGGCGAGACACGGGCGCGGUGGUGGAGGUUUUGAUCGGAGGAGACAAUGUGUCUUUGGAGAGACAAGGCGAAGCGGAUCUAAUCAUCGACCUCAUGAAUGAAUUUGCUCUCAGCAAUCUACUCAAACGAGGCACAAAGACAUAG